AUAGCACAAUAUGUGCAGUGAAAUAAAUAAUUUUUUAUGAAAAUACGCCAGUUACAAAUUGGGCCUCUUUUAGUUACGCCCCUGGUGAUGGUCAAGUCUGUACCUACCUUUAUUGGAAAAUUAGCAAAACAGUGAAAAUUUAAAAAAGGCAUAUUUUCUCAUACAUUCAUUUAUUUUGGGCUACCUUUGAAUGCCACUUGGCUAGUUUUGGGCUGGUUUUGAAAAUAAGACCUGGCAACCCUUUUUGUAUGCGAUGUGUGCCAUCCAUGAACGGGCAUUUUACAUAGCAUUCCCUUUUUUAAACAGUUAUUUGUUCCUGUGAGGUGUACACAGCUUCCUACAGCAGAAACACUGAGCUGAUCAACCUGAAAGUGAGCGUUCGGUGGUUAUUUGGAAAGCUCUUGCUAUUCGUUCCCGUGCAGCUUCCAAUAGCAGAAACACAGCUUAUCAUUUUUAACCUAUCAACCUGCAAGUGAGCCUUGGUUGUUAUUUAGAAGGCAGUCCUUAUUUUUCUUCUAGCAAACUCUUGCUAUUUGUUCCCAUGUGGUGGUGUGCAGCUUCAAAGUGCAGAAAAAUAGCAGUCAUCAACCUCCUACUACAGUCCUGUUAUUAGGAAAGGCAGCAUGGCUUUCAGAAUCUCUGAAUCGAAAAAAGAACACAGAAAAAGAAAAGUUACAGAGGAAGGAAGAGUGUUUAAAGAAAAUUGGACAGAAGAGUACUUUUUUGUUGAGGCAAACAGUAAAGCACUCUGCUUAAUUUGUGGUGAAUAUGUGCAAGUUUUCAAAGACUAUAAUUUAAAAAGGCAUUAUAUGCAAAAACAUGCUGCAAAAUUCUCUGUGUAUCAAGGAAUGUGUCGUAAGGACAAAGCAAUGGAACUUAAGAAAAGUCUGUCUUCUCAACAAAAUUUAUUUAAAAAAGUUAUUACUCAGACAGAAUCUAUUGUAAAAGCUAGUUAUGUGGUAACAUAUUUAAUAGCAAAAAAAUCAAAACCAUUUACUGAUGGUGAGUUUAUUAAGCAAUGUAUGGAAAGUGUGGCAGACAUAAUUUGCCCUGAAAAAAAAGGGGAUAUUUCUAAAAUAAGUUUGUCACACCAGACUAUAGCCAGGCGAACAGAAGACAUUGGAAAAUCUGUUGAAAGAUGUUUGAAGAGUAAAGCUGCUAAAUUUAAAUAUUAUGCUUUGGCAGUGGAUGAAAGCACUGAUGCUACAGAUACGGCUCAACUUGCCAUUUUUAUGAGAGGUAUUGAUAAUGAAUAUAAUGUUACUGAAGAGAUGGCUUCUUUAGUGCCAUUAAAAGACACAACUAAAUCAAGAGAUUUAUAUGAAGCAGUAAAAAAUAUGUUAAAUAGAUAUUCUCUGUCUUUUGAAAACAUAUCUGGUAUAGUUACUGAUGGUGCCCCAGCAAUGGUAGGUAGAAGAGAGGGACUUGUAAAAUUAAUAGAAAAUGAUGCAAUUGCUGCCAAAAACUCACAUUUAAUGAAGUAUCAUUGCAUAGUACAUCAAGAAAAUUUAUGUGCAAAAGCUUUAAAAAUGGAUAACAUCAUGCAAAUAGUGAUAAAGGCUGUGAAUUUCAUAAGGGCCAAGGGCUUGAAUCAUCGCCAGUUCCAGGAAUUUCUUAGAAGUGUAGAUGCUGACUGUGGUGAUGUCAUUUACUUCUCAGAAGUAAGAUGGCUAAGUCGAGGCCAAAUGUUGAAAAGAUUUUAUGAUUUGCGACAUGAAGUAAAGUCAUUUAUGGUAUCAAAAGCAAAAUGUGUGCCUGAACUUGAUGAUGAAAACUGGCUUACAGAUUUAGCAUUUUUAGUGGAUUUGACCUCCCAUUUGAAUGACUUAAAUAUGCGUCUUCAAGGUAAAAACCAGCUUAUCAACACAAUGUUCCAAGGCAUAACAGCAUUCCAAACUAAACUAAAAUUAUGGGAAGAUCAAAUUAAGGCAAACAAUUUUAUGCAUUUCAACACAUUGGCCAAACAUGUUCCUGUGAACACUGAAAAAUAUGCAGCCUUGCUUUAUGAUUUGAUACAAGAAUUUGAAAAACGUUUUCAGGAUUUCAGGGAAAAUAAACAACAUUUUGCUAUAUUUGCAACACCAUUUUCAGUUGACAUAAAUAUGUUACCUGCCAAUUUUCAAAUGGAAUGCAUUGAGCUGCAAUCUGACUUUCAGCUUAAGGAAAAAUUUGAUCAUGUGUCUUUACUGGACUUUUAUAGGUCCUAUCUUCCCAGAGAUAAAUAUCCCUCACUGCACAACCAUGCCUUAUUCAUGUCAUCACUUUUUGGCAGCACCUAUAUUUGUGAGCAACUUUUUUCAAGAAUGAAGCACACUAAGAGUAAAAUUAGAACCAAAUUAUCUGAUGAGCACCUUGAAAAUUCACUGAGAAUUGCAACUACUUCAAUGGAACCAGAUAUUGAUGCAUUAGUUUAUCAAACACAAUGUCAAAAAUCCCACUAGGAUGGCUUAAUUUGCUCUCUUUUCUUUUACUUUUUUUGUAAACUUUACUCUUACAGUUAUCAUCUUUUUUGCAUUGUAAAAACAUAUAUUUGCUUCACAUUGCAUGUGUAGACAACUUAAGGAAAACUUUGACUAUGUGUCUUUACUGGACUUUUAUAGGUCCUAUCUUCCCAGAGAUAAAUAUCCCUCACUGCACAACCAUGCCUUAUUCCUGUCAUCACUUUUUGGCAGCACCUAUAUUUGUGAGCAACUUUUUUCAAGAAUGAAGCACACUAAGAGUAAAAUUAGAACCAAAUUAUCUGAUGAGCACCUUGAAUAUUCACUGAGAAUUGCAACUACUUCUAAUCUAAUGCAUCAAUAUCUGGUUCCAUUGAGCAGUAGUUUAUCAAGUCAAGUGCAAUGUCAAAAAUUCCAUUAGGAUGGUUUGUUUUGCUCUCUUUUCUUAUGAAUGAAGAAUGAAGCACACUAAGAGUAAAAUUAGAACCAAAUUAUCUGAUGAGCACCUUGAAUAUUCACUGAGAAUUGCAACUACUUCUAAUCUAAUGCAUCAAUAUCUGGUUCCAUUGAGCAGUAGUUUUAUCAAGUCAAGUGCAAUGUCAAAAAUUCCAUUAGGAUGGUUUGUUUUGCUCUCUUUUCUUAUGAAUGAAGAAUGAAGCACACUAAGAGUAAAAAUAGAACCAAAUUAUCUGAUGAGCACCUUGAAUAUUCACUGAGAAUUGCAACUACUUCAAUGGAACCAGAUAUUGAUGCAUUGAUUAGUAGUUUAUCAAACACAAUCUCUAAAAUCCCACUAGGAUGGUUUAAUUUGCUCUUUUCUUUUACUUUUUUUGUAAAGUUUACCAGUAAGCUGCAGGCUGAAGCUAGCCUUUCAUUAGGCAGGAGAAGAGUCAUGUAGUUUUUGGAGUUGCUUGCCACAAAAUUAGAACCAAAUUAUCUGAUGAGCACCUUGAAUAUUCACUGAGAAUUGCAACUACUUCUAAUUUAUUGCAUCAAUAUCUGGUUCCAUUGAGCAGUAGUUUAUCAAGUCAAGUGCAAUGUCAAAAAUCCCAUUAGGAUGGUUUGUUUUGCUCUCUUUUCUUUUUUUUGUAAAACUUUACUUGUAUCUUCUUUUUUGUGCAUUGUACAACCAUAUAUUUGCUUCACAUUGCAUGUGGAGAGAGAAAAAGAAAGUAAGUGAAAAAAAGAAAGAAAUGAACAAUUAAUAAAAGGUAUGGAGAAAAUAAAAGAGUGAAAUAACAUGUUGUUGUUCUGUUUUUUGUCCAAACACAUGAU